CCUCGCGUCGACGGCGUCUGGACGACCUUUGCGUCGGUGGCGUAUGGGACAGCGCUCCGCGUCGAGAACUCAAAAGUCGACAGCGCUGUGAUCACUGCCCUAGGAGUGCGCUCUGAUGAGCGUCGAGGGCGUCAAUGCGGACAGCGCUCCGAUCGCUGCGCUGCGACAGCGCUCUGAUGAGCGCGCUACAGCGUCUGUCUGAACGCGAUAUCGAUCACGCUCGGCGGCGCGCGCAGCUAGCUCGAAUUAAUAGCGGUACAGACACACUAGGAUUUUCCACGAUCCGAAGUUGCGGAAGCUUCUGCCACAGCGCUGCUUGGGACAGUGUUGGGGCAGCCUCUCCGUCGUCCCGGUGGCCUCUCCCGUAGGUUGGCUGCGCAACGACUGGUGGAGUAACUGCCCAGCCAACCUUGCCAUGGAAUCGUACCUCGCCCUCGCCGCAGGCGUCGUCGCCGGGGCAGCCGGGGCGGCAUGCAUCAUCCACUGGCAGUCUAAGAAGGAGAAACGACUCGUCCGCAGAUCAUCCUCAGAGAAAGUACAAUGCAACGAGUUCGCGACGACGCCGUCGGCGCUGCUGCCGACGAUGCAGCGCGUGUCGACGGUCAUACGGGACGAGCUGCCCGAUCAGCAAGUCGACAGAAAGAUCGUGUACCUCGUGCGGCAUGCCCAGGCUGCCCACAACAUCCUCGAGGCGGCGGCCAAAAAGGCGGUCAAGGAACGCGGCGGCUCCGACGCGGAGGCGGAAGAAGCCCGCAAGGCUGUGCUCGACAAUCCGGACAACUUCGACGCCGCGCUCUCUGUCAAGGGUCAGUCGCAAGCAUCCGCCUCGGGGGUCGAGCUUGCAGAACUGUUCAAGCGCACGCACUACCCGCCGCCGGAGUGCGUGCUCGUCUCGCCGCUGCAGCGCACGCUGCACACGGCUACUCUGCUCUUCCCGGACCACCCCAAGAUGUCUGCGCAUGAGCGGCUGCGCGAAAAGCGCACCGGCAAACCCUGUGACGAGCGAAGACCCGCGGCGGAGGCGGCGAAGCAAUUCCCGCACAUAUCUUUUGACACCAUCGCCUGGCUCGACGCGCGGAGCGACGACGGCUGGAAGUUCCGGCCGGAGUUCCUCGAGGGUAAUGAGCAGGUGGAGAAACGCGCGGCAACGCUGCUUGACCUGCUGCGCGGGCGCCAGGAAACUGCGAUAGCCGUCGUGGCGCACAAGGGAUAUCUGCGCGAGCUCUACAAGGCCACACUCGCGCAGUUACCAGUCGGCCGGUGCUCCGGCGCUCCUGCUUUGCAACGAGCGGUCACGGAGGCGCUCAAGGACGACGUGGGCUCGAACGCGCUGAAGCUGCAACUCGACCCCAUCUUUGGGAACGCUGAGGUGCGCGUGCUACAGGUUGCCUUUCCGCGGGGCGACCCAAGCCAGCCGCCCGCCAUUUCGCUCAAGCUCCUCGGCGACGCCGUGGAGCAUCCGCCGAUGAUGUCGGUGCGGCUCCGCGACCGCACGAAGUCGGCAAAGCAUGCACCUGCGCCCCACGCCUCCCUCACGCGGGUGGCGGUCGGCUGCUCCGCCGCGCCAGACGCGGCCGCCGCGGCGGAGGACGCGUGGUGGCAGGUGUGCCAAGGGCUCGGCGGCGCUGCGCCCGAGCUCGCGCUGCUCUUCUGCUCGAGCGACAUCGAUGGCAAGGCGGUCGCGGCGGCGCUGCAACGGGCGAGCGAGGCCAAGGGGGGGAUGACGACACUCGUGGGUCAGACGAGCCAGGGCGGCGUGCUCUCGAAGCGGGGCGGCGCGCGUCUCGGGCUGGUAGGCCUACAACACGCCGCCUGGCUGAUAACGGCGGCCGAGUAUCCGAUCAUCGGCGCAGAGCACGCCGAGGCGGCUGGCAAAGCGGCGGCGACGGCGCUACUUGCCGACGCAGCGCGGCAGAGCGCAGGCCGCGUGACGUCGCCGCCCGACCUCCUUCUCCUGAUGAGCGCGCCCGUCGGCGAGGAGUUUGUGUUACGCGGCGUACAGAAGGUCCUCGGCAACGGGGUGACGGUAUUCGGCGGCUCGUCGGCCGACGAGAGCGUGCUCAACCACACCGAGCCCGGCGGCUGGUGGCAGCUCUGCGGAAAGGCCGACGGCGAGGCGUGGCGGGUCAGCAAGAAUAGCGUCGUGAUGGUGGGCCUCUACCUGCGCCACCCCGACGCGUGCCAGUGCUCCAUCGGCUCGGUCUACAUUCCCACGAAGCACAAGGGUGUUGCGACUGUCGCGAGCGGGCGCGUUGUGAGCACCAUCGGCGGCAAGCCGGCGGUACAGGUGCUCGACGGUUGGUGCAAAGGCGAGCUGAAGCGCCAACAAAGCGCGGGCGGCACUGUCGUGCGCGCGGCGGCGCUGUUCCCGCUGGACGUACGCGCGUCGAAAAAGCAGACCCGACCGCGCUUGGUGCACAUGAAACGCGUGCUGCCCGACGGCGCGAUAGAGUGCUUUGGACCCAUCGGUAAGGGCCACGAGCUGCGCCUCAACUCGCGCAAGGUUGCCGACAUCCCCGCCUCCGUGCGCGAAUUGGUUGUCAACGCGGCCAAGGCGGCGACCUCCCCCGUCAAGCUGGCCCUCGUCGACGUCUGCGCGGGCUCGGCGUCGACGCUUCCCGACCUCAACGUCCUCACGAAGGAGGUCGAGGCCGGGCUCGCCGCGGCGCUGGCGAGUCCUCCGCAAUUCCUCUGCUUCUUCACGUUCGGCGAGCAGGGAAUGGUCGAUGGAAAACCCCAGCACUGCAACCUCAUGGUCAACGUCGCGCUCGUCGGCUGAUUUUCUUCUACUCCUUCUCCAUCUUUAGAGUCCGCACUAGUCAGUGCGCAGGUAAAGAUCUAUUUUCCUAGUAUCUUACAGUCGCUAGCUGUCUGCGCCGCGCGCCGCUUUUUUGGCCGCUUUACGGCCUGCAGAGACGAGGCUGAGGAAUCAACAGCGCAGGUUCAGCGCAGAUUUGCAUCGCUGCGCCGCGCUGGCUCGCAAGUAGAUCGCUUAGGCCCCCAGCAUUAGCGCAGAG